AUGGCGCCUCAGGCUGCGUACAGCCUCAUCGAGCUGCCCAGCAGCCGCAACUCCACCCUUUACGGGCGCAGCCAGCACGGGAGCCAGCAGCACGGCGAGCUGGUCGGCCGCGUCCAGGCACGAAUCACGGUGGCGAUCCUGGAACAAACUGAAACGGCUCCUCGAGGGCAGGAGUUGCUGAACCGCCAACUCCAUGAUGAGGAUACUGCGCUCCCCCUCCCGCUGCCACAAAUUCAACUCCCGCCACAGGCGGAACGGGCGGGAGACGAAGCCGAGACCCAGGAACAGGAGCAGAGGCAGAAACAGCGGGAGCCGACGGGGCCGGACUCUGAUGAGGGACGGGUGCAGCUGGCGGCGGAUCCACAGGAAGUACAGCCUGUCGAGGAGCAGCACGUCCCACGACAGCGUGAGAGCUGCCCUGGGUCAGGGCGGCCCUCUCCUCACGCACCGCAGUUGACACCGCCCGCUGCAGAUCCGCCAUCCUCACGGGCGGAUCGUACGCCCCACCACCUCCGCGACCGCGGGGACCCCACCAGCCACCGCGGCCGCCGUGGUUCGCGUGCCACUGGGCCUUCUGAUGCGGGCGACGGGGAGAAUUGCGUCGGCGCCAUGAGGAUUGACGAUCCUGCUGGGGAGCGGGAGAAUGAGGGCGAGAUGGGCGCCGGCCGGGUGACGGCGGGCGAGACAGCUGCGCCACAGGAGUAG